AUGCAUACCGCAUCCCUUCUGCCGGCGCUGCCCAUCCUGGCUUCACACGGAGCGCGUAUUCUGCAAUCGAACGACGAUGGCGGGGCCGAGCUGUAUAUCCGCUCAUUCAACGAUGCCCUGAACAAGGCCGGUCACGACGUCGUCCUGUCUGCCCCAGCCGAGAACAAGUCGGGCACCGGUGAGUUUACACAUGCCCCUUUCUCAUCUCCGGGUCGUAUAUACUCACGAAGCUCUGCAGACUCAAUAGAUCUGGAACCCGAGCCACGCACAGAUUCCUGUGAAUACAACAGCUGCCCAGCCAACAGCGGCCCCAUCGGCACAAACAAGACCAACACGCGGCUGAACUGGGUGAACUCGUUCCCCGUCACGUCGGCGCGCUACGGCAUCGAUAUCUUCGGCCCGCUGAUCUGGGACGGCGAGGGCCCCGAGCUCGUGGUAUCAGGACCAAACGUGGGCUCGAACCUCUGGGUCCAGGUGCCCUUCUCCGGCACCGCAGGCGUCGCCGUCUACGCAAGCCACGCCGCCCAAAUCCCAGGCAUCGCCUUUUCAGCCGCGUCGGGCGGCUGGCUCGCCUUGAAACACAUCUCCCGUUCCGCGCGAAGCCUCGUGUACGCACAGCUCGCCACGCAGCUCACCAACGCGAUCCUGGCCUCGGGCAAGUCGCAUGAUGUCGAGACGUGCGGCGGCACUCGCCUGCCGACUGAGACGAGCGUCCUGCGUGGCGGGGGCUGCCGCAUUGCGGUCAGUGUUGGCGAGUCGAGGUACAAGACGACGGCGGCUGCGGACAAGCAGGCGGUGGUGCUGAAGAAGCUGGGGAGCAUGUUGACUUGCGUGUAG